AUGGAAAUUAGAGAAGAGCAAAGGAAAAUAAUAGACGCUUUAUAUGAUACAUGGUCAAAUGACGAAAAGCGAAGAAAGGAAUCUGAAGAAUUUUUAAAGAAUUUGGAAAAAGAUGAAAAUAUUUUAAUUUAUUUAUUGGAUAUAUGUACAUAUAAUAAUGUACAUAUUAAUGUAAGAAAGCUAGCUAUUAUGUAUUCUAAAAAUUUAAUUUCAUUGUAUUGGAAUUGUAAAAACGAAUUUCAAAUUAAAAGUGAUAUUAAAAAAAUAGUAAAGGAUAAAAUAAUUAUAUUACUUAAUGAUAGUAAUAAUAUAAAUAUAUUAUAUAAAGAAUAUUGUAUAUUAUUAAAAAAAAUAGCUCGAUAUGAACUUGUUCAUAAUUUUCCUGAAUUAUUAGAAUGCUUGUUAAAUAAUAUUAAUAUACAUAAAAAUAAUUUAAAUAAUUUGUAUAUAUAUUUAUAUCUACUUUAUAAAAUAUUAAGAGAGCAAUAUAGUAAAAAAUUAUUUAAAGACAAAAAGCAAACCUUUGAUAUUUCACAAACAGUUAUAAAUAUAUUAGAACCAUUUUGGAACAAUCAUGUUAAUAUUUAUUACAAAAAUUCAAUAGAAAAUCCAUGUACUUACAAUGACGAAUAUAACUGUGAAAAGUGUUAUGCUAUUUUUUGUUUGAUGCAGCAAUAUGAGGAUUCUCUAUCGUUUGCCUGUUCCGAAAAUGGCAACAAUAAAAAGAAUGAUAAUAACAGCAAUGGCAAUAGCAAUGGCAAUGGCAAUGAUGAUAACAGCUUGCUAGCGCAUUCGCGCAUGGGCGGUUCCGACCAAAAUCAGCCGCUCAAUUCAAAAGUGUGUAGUAUUGGGUCAACCAAGAUAAAUGCUAACACACUAAAAUAUGACCAAGACAGGAAUAAAAAAAUUGAUAUUCUUAAAUUUCUUGAUAGCAUUCUGAUCAACUUAAUUAUAAACAGAAAGGACAUCAUAAAAAGCGGAAUGUUUCCAGCUAAUAUUAACGAGAAAAAGGAGCAAAAAUCAAAUGGUGACGAAAAUCAGAAUAAUAAUAUUAACAAUAAUGAUAACAUUAACAAAAGUAAUGAUAGAGCAAUAGGACAUUUUGAGCAUAUUUUUUUUGAAAGCCUAAUUAGCAAAAUAGUGUAUUUUUUAAAAUAUGUAAAUAAAAAUAGCCAAAUAUAUUAUAUGAGGUAUCUAAAAUUUUUAUUGAGAUCUUUUUUUUUAAUGGUAGAAUUUCAUAGCGAAUUUCACAUAUAUUUAAAAAAAGAAAUAACAGAAAAAUUUAUUUGUCUAUUUUUAAAAAAAAAUAUAAAUAUAAAAACUUAUAAUAAUGAAUAUGAUACUAAAUUCAUAGAUAUUAUAAAUUUAUGUAUAACAAUUAUCAAAUCAUUAUUUUAUCAUUUUUGUUUAAAUCAAUAUAAUUUAAUAAAACAGAAAAAAGUUCGAGAAAAUUAUGUAAAUGUCAAAAAUAUUAUGAACAAUAAAAAUACAGUCAAAUUAGAAAGCUACUAUGAAAAUUCGUUAGAAAAUAAAAUAAUAAAUAAUAUAAUGCUAAAUAUAAACAAUCCAACUACAAAUAAUAAUAACAAUAGCAAUAACAAUAAUAGCAAUAAUAACAAUAAUAAUAAUGCAUCAAAUAUAUUUUGUAGUAACACAGAUUUUACUUUAAAAAAUAUAUUAGCAUAUAUUAGAGGAGAAGUAAAAGAUACAUUAAAAAAUGAUGAUUUUAUUUUAUUAAAUAAUGAAAAAGCUAUCGAAAUAUUUGAUUUUAUGAGAAUAUAUUGUAUCAAUCUUUCUCCUGAACAUAUUAUAGAUAUAACAUUAAAUGUUAAGGACGAUUAUGAAAUAGAAGAAAAUGUGUUUUAUUCAAAUGGAAAAAAUUGUAUUAUUCAGUUAACACAUGAGCCUUUUUUUUUGGUUAUUUUUAAUAAUUUUUUUGAACCUUUAAUUAAUUCUUUUCAUAAUUAUGCACAUUUUUUAAGAACGACACCUCAAAAUUUAAAAAAUGUACAAAAUCCAAUUUAUUCUGAACAAGUCAUACAAUUAGAUGGCUAUUUAAAUGUUUAUUAUAUUUUAUAUCCAUCAUUUCAUAAAAAAAUAAAAAAUGAACAUAUAUUAUGUAUGAUUCAAUUUUUUAUAGAUUUUAUAAAAAUAGAAUAUACACAUCCCUUAAUUAGUUAUAGAAUAUGUUUAAUAAUAAAAGUUUGGAUUCAAAAUUAUAAAGCAGCUUUUCCAUUUAUUGAUGAGAUAAUAAUAUUGAUAUAUGAAAAUCUGAGAUUGUUAUAUUUACACCUAUCUCAAAAACAUAAUUCAUUUUUAUGCUUUCACGAAAUUUCACAAAAUGAAGAGAAUACAUUCCUUCCUAAUCAUUAUGGCUUAAAAUCAUCUAAUUUUAUUCCUCUUCUUUUUUUUAAGUUCAUUUCUUUGUUUAAAUAUAUUUUUAAAUAUGAAUAUUUAUACAAAAGAUAUGACCAAAUAAGUGAAUUUCUUGUAUCGGCUCUCGUUUUUAUCCUCCCCAAGAUAAUGUAUCCUAAAAAUUCUCAGCGGAUUCUGAAAAUAAUGAGUCACAUAAUUUUUAUAAACAAUAAAGAAAGAGAUAUAACAAUUUUUAAGGAAAAUUACAAUUUUUUACUGAAUUUGUACAUAAAUAGUAACACACUAAUUAAGGAAUACAUACUAGACAUCUUGAUCAAAAUUUUAAAUAAAAAUUAUGACGGAAAAUUGGAAUACAUUGGAAAUGAAGAUCAAAAUGGAAGCAAAAAUAAAAAUAGAUGUAAAAAGAAAAAGAAAAAUGUAGGAGAUACCACUAACUUAUAUUUCCAAACAACUGGGCAAGCAAUAAAUAAUAAAGAAACAAUUUGUGACGAAAAUAUUUUAUUCUAUUUUAGCUUUGAUAUCAUAUUUUACACCAUCUCAGCGAAAGUUGGCGAAUAUAAUAAAGUAUCCGAACGUGGUGGGAUACCAAAUGCAUACAAAGAAAACAGUAACAAUGCUAUUUAUAUGAAGGAGGAAGAUAUAAAUUGCAACAUUUUAAAUAUAGUUGAAAUAAAUUUAAAUAUAGACAAAAAUAUAAGUGAUCAUUUAUAUUCUCUUUGGUUAUGUAUUUUAAAAUUAACAUCAAAAUAUUUGAAUAAAAAAAAUGAAAAUAUUAUAAAAACGAUUUCUUCUUUAUAUAUAUGUAUUACAAGAUAUGUUGAAAUAUAUUUUGAAAAAUUAAAAAAUGAAAAUACAGAACAUAUUUUUGAUUUAAAUAAUAUAUGUUUUGAUAUAAUUAUAGAAUAUUUAUGUUUUUUUAUAAAUAAUGAAACAUAUAAUUAUUAUUUAACAUAUGAAUCAUUUUCAAACAAUGUUAUAGCAAAUGAGCUUUUAAAAAAGAGCUUUUUAAAUAUUUUACAAAAUAUAUUUACAAUAAAAUCAAAUAAAUUAUAUGAUGAAGAACGAAUAGAAAAAGGAAUUUAUAUUUUACACAUAUGUGUAAGCUUAUAUAGAAAUUAUAUAAAAGCUGAAAUGCCAUCAAUUUUUAUUAGAAUUAUUAAUUUUAUAGUUAUAUAUUUUUUAAAAAUUAUGAUAAACUAUUUUAAUAAGCUUUUUAAUAAUGAUCAAUUAGGAAAUAAAAACAAAAAUGUAAUAAAAAAUAAUUUUAUAUUUUAUUCUGAUCAUGAAAAUGUUUCAAAAUUUGAGAAUACAAAUAUAUGUCCAAAUUCUUCAUCUAUUACUAUAGAAAAUAAUAAUGAAUUUUUUAUUAAUAAAAAUAAACCACAAAAUGAACAAAUAAAUAAAUUUUUACAAAAUUUUAAAGAAAAACAAAAAAAAAAUAUACAUGAAAAUAUAAUAAAUUAUGAUCGUGAUGAUAUAUUUUUUUCGAAUUUUAUAAUUUAUCAGAAUAAUAUAAAAACGAUAUUAAAUAUAAACUAUUUAAAUGAACAUGAUAUAACAACUAAUUUUCAAAAAUAUAAUUUUUAUACAAUAAAAGAAGAUAAUUAUAAUUAUAUAAAUAACAAUAAUAUACUUCCUUUAGUAGCAAUUAUGUCUAUAUAUGAGCCAAAUUUUUUAAAUUAUAUUUUGAUAUCUUUUAUUUCAUAUUUUGGAAUAAAUAUUUCGAUUUUUAUAUCAGCUAUUUAUGAACAUUUUAAAUACAUGCAUAAUAAAAAUAUUACAAUGUCUUGUUUAAUAUUUAUAUAUAUGCUAAACCAGAAUUAUAUAUUUAAUAAUUUUUCAGAAUUUUUUGUUUUUCCAAAUUUCUCAAAUAUCUUAUUAAUAGACAAAUUUGAACAAUUUAUUUAUGGGAAAAAUAAAUUAGCUCAUUUAUUUAUUUCUGACAAUAAUGAUACUAUUAUUAUAAUAAUUGAAUUAACAAAAUUAAUAAAUAAUAUGUUAAAUACACAUAAGGAUGUAUAUAUCGAAAAAAAUCACAUUUUGCAUUUAUCUACACCAACUUUUAAUUUAAUUGGAAAUAAAAUAUAUAAUUCAUAUAAUUAUAACAUUACAAUGCGCACCAUCUUAAAAUAUGACGAAUUUUCAGAUCUCUGUGACAAAAUUAUGGAUGCUAUUUUACUAUAUAUACUAGACUCUGGUGAUCCAGAAAAAAAAAACAGAAACCAAAUUAUAUUGAAUUAUUUAAAAGAAAACAUAGACGGAAUGAACGUCGCUUUAAUUAACAUGUACAAAAAAUAUGGCAUUCGUUUUUAA